UGUUGUUCAGAGGCGGGUUGGCGGGAAAGCACUUGUUUGUAUCCCUUAACCUCUAACAAAUGUGUGGUCUGAGUGCACAACAAGUUUAUUUGAUAUAAGAUUUUGUGCAGUAUAAUGUCCAAUGUGCAGAAAACGAAACACUCUAUCUACAACACAGCUAGGAAGCUAUCUAAGGAAGUAGCAGCCGACCUCAAGGUUGAGUUCCACCAAGAUGUUCUUGAUAUAAUAGCAGAACUUGUCUAUAAGAAACUGGUGUUGUAUGGUAGUGACUUGGAUGCAUUUCAAAAGCAUGCCAAGCGAUCCACAAUAACAGCAGAUGACGUUAAAUUGUUGGUAAGACGCAGUGAAACCUUGAAAACUGUAGUAGAAUCAAAAAUGAACUUGCUGAGCUCUUUGAAGCCCGCUGAAGCUCCAACUGCUGUGAAAAGGAAAAGAAAGUAGAUAAUAAUGUCUCUAGUAUUAUAUUGCGAACAAAUGUCUCUACAGGGUACAACAUAUUUUACAAGAAUAAAUUUCAGAAGCCCUUUAUGAUCUAAUUGUACCCAUGUUAAUUAACUGGAAAAGAUAAAUCAAGAGGGCCUAAUGAGGUUAAGCUACAAAAGUAUGAACUUGUGUGAAUAUUGGUACUUGCUUUACAAUUUUUUAUUGACAAGAACAAUAUUUGGAAGACAGCGUAAAUACCUAUCAAGUGGUAGUCCUUCACAUAACAGGAGAUUAAAGGAGAUCGAAACUAGUCUAAUGUGAAUGUUGACCCAUUUUAUGUUAAAAUAUGUCUACCUCAUUUGUUCUUCAAUUAUGAGAAGGCUCAACAACCUUGUCUAUCAAAGUUCUUUCGGCUUAAAUGAUUAUAGAACAAAUAUUCCAAAGACGUUCCCUAUAGGUCGCCUAAUGUCGCUGGAUGUUCCAUCAGGGACGUUCCUGGAACCAAUUUUGUCGCAAAAGAAACGGUUCCAGAGAGGUUGCCGUUGGACGUUUCAGGAACUAAUGAAAUGGCUCGGUCAGUGACGUACGUCUAUGAAGUGGAAGAUAAAAAUGUGAAUGUGUAAUAAUAACUAUUCUGGAGUCGUAUGUAUGGAACAUUAUAUUUUUCCCAUUAGAAAUGAAACAAUAUUAAGGCAGUAUUAAGCCAGUUAUGCGUCUCCACGUCAUGCAGAGUAAUUAAACUUCUGGGUGUUUGCAUGCUGCAAGAGAAAAUUCUAAUCAACUUUACACAUAAAACAUUUCAGUACCAAAAAUGAGAGAUACCGAACGGUCUGGGCGUCUAGUUGAGGUCGCUAGUCGCUGCACACAAAACAAUUGAAAAAAUUCACGAUAUAGUGUUGGCCCGUCGAAGAUUGACAGUAUGGGAGAUUGUAAAAGCCAUGGACCUAUCACAUGGCUUAGUUUUUUCACAAACACAAUUGAACGAAAACUUCGAAGGAGUGCUUUGGAGCUGUUCAACCGCAAUAGGGACGAGAUUUUGCACUGUUUCGUACCCGUGGACGAACCUUGGAGACCAGAGACCAUGCAGCGUCAAAACAGUCGUCUUCUACGGGCGAAUCGACUUUGAUUACCUACAAAAGGGAACAACAACCAAUGGCGAAUGUUACAACAACUUAUUGGGCGGAUUCAACGACGAUUUGAAGAAAAAAUGCUACAUUUUCCAGCAAGAUAAUCCAUGGGUGCACAAAUGUGUGCAAAGGGACUAAUUUUGUUUCCAAACCUAAAGAACUGGCUUGGCGGGAAGAGAUGUGACUCCAACGAUGUAAUCAUUUUACAAAUUAAUACCUAUUUUGAGAACCUCGAUAAAUCUUAUUUAACGGAAGGGAUAAACAAAUUGAAGAAACGUUGGACGAAGUGUAUUGAGAA